AAACCAUUGUCAAUACAAGGUCCCUGUGCUCGUUCAUUGGUUGAGUUUAGCUCCGCACAGGAUAGGCUGAGUGGCAUUCGCAAGUGUGACAGCUGUUAUUUGACACUGGGGAUGACCUGAACCUUGGUAGUCCUCACCAAACCUCGCGAUUAUAUUCGGAAAUAGCACCUUAAAGUCGUAGAUCAAUCUUCAAGAUGGGAGAAUCUCAGUAUUCUUUCUCCCUGACAACCUUCAGUCCCAGUGGAAAGCUGGUGCAGAUUGAGUAUGCCCUCAAUGCGGUUGCUGCUGGGGCAACCUCGCUUGGAAUCAAGGCUACCAAUGGAGUUGUGUUGGCAACGGAGAAGAAGUUGCGGUCCACGUUGAUAGAUGAUUCAACCGUCAAGAGAAUAUCUGUCGUCUCGCCAAAUAUUGGACUGGCUUACAGCGGCAUGGGUCCAGACUCAAGGCUGCUGGUGAGGAGAGCACGAAAACAAGCACAGGCAUACUAUCGCGUGUACAAGGAGCAUAUCCCUGUAGCCCAGCUGUGCCGAGAGACAGCAGCAGUCAUGCAGGAGUUCACACAGUCUGGAGGUGUGCGGCCCUUUGGCGUGUCACUGCUGAUGGCGGGGUAUGAUGACAAUGGCCCGCAGCUGUACCAGAUCGACCCCUCUGGCUCCUACUUUGCGUGGAAGGCCAGCGCCAUUGGCAAGAACAUGACCAACGCCAAAACCUUCCUGGAGAAGCGCUACAGCGAGGACAUGGAGCUGGAGGAUGCUGUGCAUACAGCAUUGCUGACGCUUAAGGAGGGCUUUGAGGGGCAGAUCUCAGGUCACAACAUCGAGGUCGCCAUUGUGGGAGAGGACCAGAAGUUCAGGGUGCUGACGCCUGCUGAGGUGUCCGACUACCUGGAGGAGGUCGAGUGAAGUGCAGCGACCAUCGGAGAUGCCUGAUGGGAUCGAGAGGUGGUGCUGCCAAGCAGUGCCAUGAUUGCUUGUUCCUGCGAACCUGAGGCAGGAUGCUUGCUUACAAAAGAUAAAUCACUUCCUCAGUUAACUGAAGCCACAGCAAUCGUAACCAAAAAAUGUGUAUGGUAUCUUUUAAAUGUGAUUGUUACCUUCCAUGCUGGAAUCUCUGUGAGUCAAUCGUCACGAACAAAAUCCUCAGCAGCUUCCAUCCCAGCAAAUUUGGGAACACAAAAACAGUUCACAAUGUCUCUCUCGUUUGGCAGCUCAAGCUGUCUUAUACAGCGAAUGGCUGCGAUGCCAAGGCAGCUUCCUGUACCCGGCUCAGGUUUUCCUACAGCGUCCUAUAGCAGUGGCCUCCUGUUGUACCAAGUUGUGGCACAAUUCCCUGGUCCAAGACUCUCAUAUGCAUGGAUUGAUCCAGCUGGCGUAUUCCUCAUGAUUCGUUGGCUUCCUCACAGGCAUCAAUCCAUUCGCUGUACACGUCUAUAGCCUCGCUCAGCUUGUGGAUCUUUGUGUUGAACCGCUCGCCACAGAUGUUGCAGGAAACAGAGCCCACGUCACUGUCCCAGUCCAUGAUGGCACUGACGCUCUUGUUCGAGUUGCAAAAUGGACAAUUGAAUGCGACAUCAAGCUUUGGUUUCAAUUUCUUUGGGGGAGGUUUGGAUGACUUUCGUUUCCCCAUCCUGCCUUUGUUUCCUGAUCUCUUCAACCCAGCAUUCCCUUGAAGUUUAUCACCGAAUUAAAGUGCUUCAGACUUAACAAUCAGCCCAACAAUAGUGGAUAUUAUCUGCCUCCUUGUCCGCAAGCGACAAGUCUAGAUUAUGGCUCCUAGUGUGUCAGGCCAGGUAGCUUUUCAAGGACUUGGACAGAUCUUGCGUGUGCGACAGCUUUACAGAGCGUUGUCAAUGUUCG